AUGACUGCCUGAUCGUCCCGCCGCCGCCGCCGCCGCCGCCACGGCGACCGGGGAGCCCUCGGUGCGGGAGCGAAGGAACCGGCAGCUGAGAGACUCGCCGGAGGGGGAAAAGGUGUACGGGUGGGACAAAGCGGCUGGAGGUGUCGGUGAAGUAAAGUCACCCCGGGGGCGGCUCAACCUGGCCGGUUCGUCGGGAUUGCGACUGCCUUACGUAACCGAGCUUCGUGGGGGGACUGGCAGGGGAAACUGCUGGCGCUGAGCUGUUUAAUCACAGGCGAGCAAACGCAGGUGAAGAGAGAGGAGCACAGUCCCAAGUUUUUCCGUCCACUCAGCAUGAUCGGGGCCAACGCUGCCUCCCACCACCAGUGAGCACACCGACAUGAAUGAGGGCCGCGGGCAGGGCAGAGGGGCCCUCGCCGUGGAGGCUGAUGUCAUCCUCCACGCCGCCAACCCCGACCUUGUCCCGCCCGCUGCCAAAGAUGGGAAUUUGUGCCCAGGUUAUGUGCAGGGAUUCCUGCGGGAUGACGAAGAUUUCAGGCCUCCGCCCGUGUUUGAGAAGGAAUACCUGUUGGAUGGAAGACUGAUGGAGAACAAUCAUAUUGAUCAUCAGAAAGGUAACGGCUCGUACAUCUCCAGAGCUGAUCAGUUUCACCUUUCCAAUGACAAGGGAGCUCUGGAUCUCCCUCCUCACGCUGACUCCACUGUGUCCAAUCACAUUGCUGGCAUGCAACAAACUUGUGCAAGCAGUGAAAUCCGCAAUGGCGCCAGAGCUAAAGUGUCUUACGGUGCAGAUUCCUCUGUAUGCUUGUCUAGCCAAGUCAAACGGGAAACCGAUCAGUCGGUCCUCAAAUCGAACCUCGGCCAGGAGGCUGAAAAUAAACGGGCUGUAAAAGAGCCUGAUUUAGUCAUUGAAGUCGGCGGGCAGACGAUCAGCGCUCACAAGUCCGUCCUGGCAGAAAAGAGUGACUACUUCAAAGCGCGGCUGUCACGAGACAUCCUGAAAGUGAAAGGAGUGAGCUACAAGACUUUGUCUACGUUGAUAGACUAUGUUUACACCUCUCAGAUGAAUGUCAGCAAGGACAACGUUGUGGAUGUCAUCACGGGGGCUAAAAUCCUUCAAAUACCCUGCGCCGUCCAGGCGGCCAUGGACUCCAUGUCGGGGCAAAUCACUGCAGAGAACUGCUAUGAGAUUUUGACCAUAGCCAAGAAGCAGCGGCUGAGCGAACUGAAGGAGACCGCCUACGGCUUCAUGAGCGACAACUUCCUCCAGGUCCUCAAAGACCCCGCCGUGUACGGGCGUCUGACUGGAUCCGAGCGGGAUCUAAUCCUGAAGAAGAGAAUGGAGGGGAGGACGACUCUGAUGGUUGCCGAGAUAAAUGACGUGUUUGAUCGAGUUGGGAGCCGGCCGCCGAGCCGCUGCAGCAGCCGACCGCAGAGCCCCUUGUCUGUGGGGUCUUUAGAGGAGAACCAUAUGAUUUACUACUUUAACGAAACAGCUCAUGACUGGCGACCUUUGACUGCGAUGCCUGAGGACAUAAACACUAAAGGCUGCGGCAUCUGCACCAUGUAUAACUACUUGUUUGUGGCAGGGGGAAUAAAGGGCUACGGGGACAAGGGCAAGGUUUCAGACAAAGUCUUCUACUACAACCCCAUAACCAACCGCUGGGCCGAGGUCAGACCCCUGAACCAGGCUCGCGCCCAGCUAAAGCUCGUGUCCAUGGAUGGCUGCUUGUACGCCAUUGGAGGGGAAUGUCUGUUUACGGUGGAGAAAUAUGACCCUCGCAUGGACCGCUGGACCACGGUGGCCCCCUUGCCCAAGGGAGCCUUCGCGGUCGCCCACGAAGCCACCACCUGCAGCGGAGAGCUUUACGUUUCGGGAGGCUCUCUCUUCUACCGCCUUCUUAAGUACGAUCCCAAGAGGGACGAGUGGCAGGAGUGCCCCUACAACAACAGCAGGAAGAAGUCCACCGACAUGGUGGCUUUCAGAAGCUUCAUCUACCGCUUUGACGUCAGCCGUGAGCAGGGCAUUAACGUGUUCAAGUACAACACUAUAGUGAAAAUGUGGCACGACUGCGCAUCACAGAGGCUUGGAAGUCAUUUGCCUUUCAGGUGUGCCGUCAUCGGGAACUGCAUCUACUGUGUGAACAAAACUCAGACUCUUCAGUUUGUAGUGGAGGAGGAGAACGCCUACUUUGUUGAAGAGACGCUGAGGGCGCCACUGGAGGCAAAAGGGGUCCUUUUUCCCUUUGUUCUCACUUUGCCUGAAAAGCCUGAAAAAGUUAAAUAGUGUGUGUCUGUGUGUGUGUGUGUGUGCGUGUGUGUGUGUGUGAGAUCCAGAAUAACACAAUAUAUGUGUCAUAGCACAACUGGAAUAAGCAGAAGAGCUUAUAUACACUCUUCAAUGUCCGCUUUCUAUCUCAGUGUCUCAUUGCCUGCUUACAAUUGAAUGCGUGUGUUUGCAUGGCAAUUUAAUACAUCUACAGGGUUAAGCCUUAAAAGGAGAACUUUUUUUUUUUAGUGUUGAAUGAAUGCAACCCUCUUUGUAUCUGACUGUAGAUAAUGACAUGAUGAAAGUGACUGUAGAUUAUUUUGUGUAUUUCCUGUGUUCCGUUUUGUUUGGUGCAAUUUAGUAAUUAGAAUAGAUAUUAUUUAGAACAUAUUAACUACUUUACUGGUGACUUUGGCAACAAAAACGAGUGUUUUGUUGAAAAUUGUGUGAAAAGGAAAAAAGGAUGGAAACAGUUAUAGUGCGCUUUGUGAACGAGGCAACACAGGUUUUAUGCAAAUGAAACAGAAUAUACAGGUGGGCCUGCUGUAAUGCUGUGCUAUUUAAUAGUUACUAUGAGUGGAACUUGACUGGAAGGAGUACGAUAUUUUUCUAACCCUGAUCUGCAACGCUUUUGAUUAAUCCUGUGAAAUAUCGUCACGUUAUGAUCAGUAUAAAAAACAAACAAACAAACAAAACUACCGCAUCCGUCUUCUAAACCACACAAAUAUUCCUCCUGGCGAAACAUUGGUGGAGCACAUUGUACCUGUCGUAAUUCAGGGGACCUUUUCAGUCAAGGCAAAUCUGCAUUUCACCUCAGUAUCUCCAACAAGUUAAAGCUUUAGAUUUUUGCAUCACAAAUCACAUACUGAACUCAUUCUGAUUAAAAAGCACAUGAACUACAUUUAUUUUUAGAUUCAGAAUAUGCUACUUUGCUUAUAGUGCCUACUCACGGGUGUAAUGGUUCCUACAUUCAGCACAUUUACCAAAGAUAAAUAAUAAUUCUGUCAGGCUGUAAUAAAUCUAUGAAACUUACUUAUAAUGCAUUUUCACAUCUUGUCUUGAUUAAGCUCUUAAUGAAAAGCAUUUCUUUACACGUCACCACAGUCGAGUCAAAAAGUCAUACAACAGCUGCUUUUGUAGGACGGAGGGCAUCAAGUUUGCUGCUAACAGCCACCUUCUGGAAGGCUUAGGAAACCCAGUCGCUCCAAAUGCGCAGAGACGAACCCUUGUUCACCUGUUACCAAGUUACUUCCCUGGUGAGGGCCCAUGCCUUUAGGUCAAAGGUCAAAUCAGACCACUGUGCUUCAUUUCAGCACCGCCAGGUCACGGCCCUCACUGCUUCCACAAAGGUUUUCCUGGUCUUACGACACCAAUUAACCCUGGCUUUCUUGCAUUGGUGCGCAUAAAUACCAAUUUUGCUCUAAAUUUCCUUCUUUUAGACAUUUCACUGUACUUGUUUCCAGCUGCAAUAACACAGUGGUUGUUUUGUAUGAAAGCUAAUACUGGAAUAUUCUUGGAACAAAUUGCUUUUGGUAAUUUUUGUAGAAGUGUCUCCAUGCAGUCAGUAUGACUCAGACAAAAUGGACGUGGUUUUGAAAUUUGGGCUGGCUGGCUGGAUUCUGUAUUUUUGUGAACUGUUUUUUAAAAGAUUUGGUAGUUGUGAAUCUGCUGCUGUGAUGGACAGUAAAGUAAUGCAACGCUAAGGCUUCGUCCCGUUCAUGGCAUAUGGAGUGGGCUGACAAAUAAGCUGUUGGAUAAUGUAUAUCACUCAGAAUUAAGUGCUUCAAAUA